CUCAGAGAUUACUGCUAAUAGGAAGACCAGUAUUUAUAGAUGAUCCCUGCACCAGUUGAUACCCCGAAUCUAAGCCACUGUCCCACCCCUCUUUCUCAGCACUCGGUCGCUGCCGCCACAGGCUCAUCCUCACCUUCACCCAGUCGAGGUAACUCUGCUCAAAUUGAUCCUUCCUUUCUUUUGGAGGAGAAGCCAGCCACCAUGUCCAGCAGCGAGCGUUUCGACUGUCACUACUGCAAAGACUCCCUUCUGGGGAAGAAGUACAUCAUGAAAGAGGACACGCAGUACUGCACUAAGUGUUACGAGAACCUGUUUGCUAACUGCUGUGAGAGUUGCUCCUUACCGAUUGGCUGCAACUGUAAGGACCUUUCCUACAAGGAUCGCCACUGGCAUGAGCAGUGCUUUAAAUGUGCGAAAUGCGGCCGCUCUUUGGUGGAGAAGGCUUUUGCUGCUAAGGAGGAUUUGCUGCUCUGCACCGAGUGCUACGCCAACGACUACUCUUCCAAGUGCUUCACCUGCAAGAAGACCAUCAUGCCAGGUUCUCGUAAAAUGGAAUACAAGGGGAACAGCUGGCAUGAGACCUGUUUCCUCUGCAACCGCUGCCAGCAGCCAAUAGGAACCAAGUCCUUCAUCCCUAAAGAUGCGGGUUACUUCUGCGUGCCCUGCUUUGAGAAGCAGUUUGCCUACCAGUGCUGCGCUUGUAAAAAGGCCAUCACAACAGGCGGAGUGACGUACCAGGAGAAGCCCUGGCACCGCGAGUGCUUCCUCUGCAUCGGCUGCCGAAAGCAGCUGUCCGGUCAGCGCUUCACCUCCCGGGAAAACUACCCCUACUGCCUCGAAUGCUUCAGCAACCUCUAUGCAAAGAAGUGUGUGGGCUGCACCAAACCCAUCACCAGCCUGGCAGGGGACAAGUACGUCUCCUUCGAGGAGCGUCAGUGGCACAGCGAGUGUUUCACCUGCAUGCAGUGCUCCGUGUCGCUGGUGGGACGUGGAUUCCUCACACAGCGCGACAAUAUCGUGUGCACCGACUGCGGGAGGGAGAAGUGAACCUUCGCAGGCCAGAGCUCAUGGAAUAAAAAGUGGAUGAAGGCUUCAGACGGCCCACAAACUUAAGUUUAAACCAUAUUUUAUUCCUCCAAAACACCAGUUCACCAUCCAUUAUAGAUGAUCACUUGUGUGAAAUGAGUGUGAAUGUAGGUCAUUCCACCACCACGGCAGCAAGGAAAUGUAUUUGAGUGAAUUAGUGAGUUAGAGAUGUUUAAGUGUUGCAUAGCUUCUGCUUAGCAUAGUAUCAGUGAGUGAUGCCUCGGUUUUUGCCCAAAUUAAAUGAUACUCGAAAGUGACCUCAGAAACUUACUGGUGCAAGUAUUUUACCUUCAUAUAUGUAGUUAUUCUGAACCUGUCGCUAAGUCAGAUGAGGGCAAAGCGUGGCCCUCGUGAGGUCAGAGGCAAAACCACAAAAAUAUUUGACUCUAAAAAUAAAUGUUUUACCUUUUUAUUUUCCCCAUCUUAAGCCAGUGAAUGCUACUUUUGAAGGAUACAAUGUCUGAAAAUAACUUUCAAACAUAUGAAACAUCACUGA